GGCAAGAUGAAUCCCACCAGCUUCUUCCUCCUUACAUUGCUCCUGGUUCUGGUGACAGAAGCAGCUGCGAGGGGACCCCGUGAAAGGUUCUCACAAGGGUCUGAAGAACAUUCUAAUGAAAACCUUCACGUAAAGGUCCUGGGGGGCCGUGGGGAAUCCAGUUCUUCCCAUGAGGAAUACAGCCGGAGUGAGAACUCAUGGAGUUCCUUCAAAUCAAAAAAUCCCAAAAGUGGCUUCAGUGAGGAAGGCUCGUGGAGUUCCUUUAAAUCAAAAAAUCCCAAAAGUGGCUUCAAUGAGGAAGGCUAUCGUGAUUACAAGACUAGAGGAUCUCGAGGAGAAGAAGGAAUGAGCUCUUUUAAAAGCAGAAUGAAAACUCGGAUUGCUGGGAAAUAAUGUGUUGACU